CUUUUAUUAAGAUGGGCUUUAAAGAUGUAUAAAAAGAGCUGAUACAGUGCUUAGUAAUAUGUUUCUUAAUAGCUUAUAUAUUAAAGAAUGAUUUUGGAGAAAAAAUGGUUAAAAAUAGUGAAAUUUUGGAGUUAGAAAAGCAAGUUAAUAUUUCUAAAAAAAGUCGUCAAAUUUUUGAAUUAAUGGAGUUAUGUAAGGAUUCUUCGAAAGAAAUAAGUCUUGAGACAGAAUACAGUGUUUAUAAGAUAUUUUGUGGUUUAUUUGGAUUAGGAAGAUUUUGUCAGUCAAAAAAUAUAUCUACAAAGUCUCAUGAUGCAGAAAUAUACUGUUGGUAUAGAGAAGCAUAUGUUUGUUUUGUUCUUAAGCUUCUAAAAAAGUUGUCUAUGUCUGAAUUUGAACAACAAGGACAUGCGUUUGUGUUAUUGCUUGGGUUGAUUCGCAGUGAAAGCGAAUAUGGAAGUGGGGGAUUUAUGAAUGAUCAGUAUUACAGAGUGUUGAAAUCGGUUCUUUUGAAUAAAGAUAUUGAUGCUUCUUUUCUUUAUUAUAUAGUAAAAGAGUACUUGGAUGAAUAUAUGGAUUUGCAGUACUAUUUUUAUAUAAAUACAUAUAAACUUAUUAAGGAAAUGAUGAGUUGUAAAGAUGAGAACUCUAUUUUAGUUGAAGCGUUUACAGCAAAUCUUAUGGUUUUUUUAAUAAAUAUGAAACCCGUUUUUUUGGAUAUUAAGAAAUGUUGGGUUUCUCGUUCUGAUUCGUUUAUAGAAAAAUUCCAAAUUUCAAAGCAGAAACGUGUUUUUUCUAAAUGUUGGAUUGCUGCUCUUGAAUUGCCCUUGAAAUAUCAUCAGUAUAAGCAAGUUUUGAAUAUUCUUCAUUCGAAUGUUCUUCCUUUUUUGUCAAAGCCUCAGUUGUUGAUGGACUUUCUUACAGAUUCGUAUGAUGCGGGAGGAGCCGUUUCUCUUUUGGCUCUUAAUGGUUUGUUUUAUCUUAUACAAAAUCAUAAUCUUGAUUAUCCAAAUUUCUAUGCUAAGCUUUAUACAUUAUUUGAUGAAAACUUGUUUCAUAUUCGAUACCGUGGUCGUUUUAUAAAGUUAGUUGAUCUUUUUCUAUCUUCUACGCAUUUGCCUGCAAUUAUUGUUGCAAGUUUUAUUAAGAAAAUUUCUAGACUUAGUCUUUCAGCAAAUCCCGGAGGGAUAAUUAUGAUCAUCCCAUUAGUUUAUAAUCUUUUGAAGCGGCAUCCAGCCUGUAUGGUCCUUAUUCAUAGAACAUCUGUUAAUUCAAUUUUUGAUGAUCCUUUUUUAGAUCAAGAAUUAGAUCCUAGUAAAACAAGGGCUUUGGACAGCAGCCUGUGGGAGCUUUUUACGCUUGUAGAUCAUUAUUAUCCUUCUGUUUCAACACUUGCUAGGAUCUUACAAGAACAAUUUACAAAAACUAGCUACAAUUUAGAUGAUUUUUUUGAUUAUUCCUAUACAAAUAUAAUUGAUACAGAAAUAAAUUGCAAAGUUAAAAAUCCUCCUUCGAUAGAAUAUCGAAGUGCAAAUGGUACCUUUGUUGCAGAAGAAGGCAAUAGUUGUAUAUUUACGUCAUUAUGGGAUUUGAGUGAUAUAUCUGUAUAA